AUGGAGGAGGAUCUAACACCGCCGAGGCCUCGCCAGGCUGCGACGCCUCUCCAUGCAACGCAGGGUGCCUCAGAAACUGAAGGGCAGAGGAGUCAUCCUCAGAGCUUUCAGGCAACGCGAUCACCGAUAUCCAGGAGGAGAGCCUGGGGCAGUGGCGAAAUGGGUGCAGCGAGUCAAGGGUCCUUGUUGGGGGGAUCGCACGGGGGGCCCCUGGGGGGCCCCCCUGCCUCCUCGGGAGCCGCCAGCGAAUACGGCGGCACUCCACUGGCUAUUAGAAGAGUGCGCUUCGCAAGAGCUGAUCUUGGAGACAUGGGCAGAGAAUUUCUCCUCCUAGAUGCAGAAAUGCAGCGCCUCCCCGAGCUGCCAAGGGACGUGGUGGACCCCGAUAUGGAGAGGCGUUUUGACGAUUUUCUCAAUAACUUCUGUCUCGAAGACUUCGACGGAUUGGUGCAGACUCUUGAAGAGGACUUAGAACUGGUUUCUGGAGCGUGGCAGCCGCAAGUGGAUUCUUCAUUCAGCAUUGGCGAUCGCCCCCGUGCCCUCUAUCUUUUGAAGUUGCUUCGCUUUCUGGAAACGAGGGGAUCGGCAGCAGCAGCGGGCGGCGCGGAGCGCCUCGCCUUUGGGGUGUCUCUACAGCACAUCUACGCCUACAGUCCUCUCCUGUACACAGCCAUCGUGAAUGCACCGCAGGACGCCACUGCAGCCUUCGAUGCGAUCUUGCGCGCCAAGUUUGCCGAGCUGAGAGAGCUUCACGGCCUUUUCCAGCCUGAGACGGAGCGAGCAGCAGCUGAUGAACUCUUGCUGCAACAGGCCCCCCGUCUUCGUCUGCACUCGAAGCCUCCAGCGCUUUUGGAUUCCCUUCGAUCUUUGGACCCCACAGUCGAUGUUGAACGCCUAAUUUGCUUGCGGGGAGUGGUUAUUCGGGUGUCUGAAGUCAUCCCUGAAAUGACGCUUGCCGCCUUUCGGUGCCACGGUGAGACGCGAACGGACGUAACCGGCUAUGCGCGUGGUCAGAGCCUCUGCAGCCACGAGAAGUAUGAAUGCGUUCUCAACGGGGAUGUUGUUCAGCCCUCACGCUGCCCAGCAUGCAACGCGGCAAAUUCAAUGUCUUUGUGGCUGGAGCAGUGUGCCUUUGCCUCCAAACAGCUUAUCAAGAUCACGGAAGCUCCCGAAAAUCUCAAGCCGGGAGAAACGCCGCAAAGUCUCACUGUGUAUGCCUAUGACGAGCUCGUCGACUCCUGCAGACCAGGCGAUCGCGUUGAAAUCACAGGCAUCUUCAAGGCUUCUCCCAUGCGCGUAAACCCCCGCAUGCGGAUGCAGCACUCCGUGUUCAGAACAUACGUCAAUCUGCUGCACGUCAUAAGGGACGAACGCGAUAAGGCCACCCGUUCCAGCGCCGUUGCUGCUGCUCAGCAACAACAACACCAGCAGCAACAGCGAGAAGAAGAAAGCGUCAGCUUUUCUCCUGACCUCGAGAGACAAAUCGUUGAGCUCUCGCAGCAGCCCGAUAUCUACAACUUAUUGGUGUCUUCACUGGCACCGUCGAUUGUUGGAAGGGAUGACGUCAAGAAAGGCAUUCUCUGCCAGCUCGUUGGCGGCUCACGGCUGCAACAAGAGUCGGAGCAGCAGCUUCAGGCGAGGCAGCAACAAAGGCAAUCACUCCACAGAAGCGAGCUUCACGUGCUCCUCUGCGGUGAUCCCGCAACUGCAAAGUCGCAACUUCUUCAAUAUGUCCAUCAGAUUGCACCGAGGUGUGUAUACACUUCAGGCCGCGGGAGCAGCGCCGUGGGCCUCACUGUUGCGGUGUCUCGGGAUCCUGACACGCGCGAGUUUGUUUUAGAGAGUGGAGCAGUUGUUCUGGCAGAUGGCGGCGUCUGCUGUAUCGACGAAUUCGAUAAAAUGGAGGAAAACGCAAGGGCUAUUCUGCAUGAAGUGAUGGAGCAGCAGAGCGUCACUGUGGCGAAGGCUGGCAUUGUAGCUUCCCUUAGAGCACGUACAGCUAUCCUGGCAUCUGCGAAUCCCAUCAACUCGCGAUACGAUCGCCAGCGCGCGGUUGUCGAAAACAUCAACCUUCCACCAUCUCUUUUCUCGCGAUUCGACUUGAUUUACCUCUUGUUAGAUACGGCAUGCCCCGUAGCAGAUAGAACACUUGCUGCCAAGCUGUGCAGAUCCUUCGCUGGUGGCGCUAGUUCGGAAGAAGAGGCCCGUCCCCCAAUAAGCAAGAGUCUGCUUGCCUCGUAUCUAGCAUACUGUCGAUUUCGAUGUCAGCCGAGACUGUCUCUUGCUGCACGCGAUGCCCUUCGGACGGAGUAUCUGCGAAUGCGAAGACGUGACACGUCCA